CUUGCAGUCACCUGAUCAGCCGGAGCAGAACACAUCGACGCUGCUGAGUCCAGAAGAAAAAUGGCACAGGGGGGAAGUAUGAUGGAUCCGCUCAAGUUUGCCUGCUCCAUCUGCCUGGAUCUACUGAAGGAACCGGUCACCAUUCCCUGCGGACACAAUUACUGCAUGGACUGUAUCAAGAUCCACUGGAAUGGAGAAGCUCAGAGAAAGAUCUACAGCUGUCCUCAGUGUAGGAGGACCUUCAGUCCCCGGCCGGUUCUGGUGAAAAACACCAUGUUGGCAGAGUUGGUGGAGGAGCUGAAGAAGACCAACAGGAGAUCAACUCUCUGCUACGCUGGACCUGAAGAUGUGUCCUGUGACGUCUGCUCUGGGAGGAAGUUGAAAGCCGUCAAGUCCUGUCUGGACUGUCUGGCUUCUUACUGUGAGGAACAUCUCCAAUCUCACUACGAAUCUUCAGAAAACCAUGAACUUGUUGAAGCUUCCAAAAGCCUAAAAGAGAAUGUCUGCUCCCGUCACAACCAGAUGAUGAAGAUCUUCUGCCGCACUGAUCAGAUAAACAUCUGUUAUCUCUGUCUGAUGGACGGACACAAAGGACACAACACAGUUUCAAUUGUGACGGAAAGAAAUGAGAAGCAACAAGACCUGAUGAGGAUUCGAAGAGAAAUCCAGAAGAAGAUCACAUACAGAGAGAAAGACAUGAGGCUGUUCCAGCAGGAGGUGGAGAACAUUAAGGUUUCUGCUGACAAAGCAGUGGAGGACAGCGAGGAGAUCUUCAACCAGAUGAUCCGUCUCAUCCACAAAAGAAGCUCUGAGGUGAAGCAGAAGAUCAGAUCCCAGCAGGAAGUUGAAGUGAGUCGAGUUUUGGGUCUUCAAAGAAAACUGGAGCAGGAGAUCAGAGAUCUGAAGAGCAAAGAUGAAGAGAUGGAGACACUCUCACACACAGAGGACCACAUCCAGUUCCUGCACAGAUACUCCUCACUGUCAGCUCUCAGUCAGUCCACACACUCAUCCGGCCUCCACCUUCGUCCUCAGAAGUACUUUGAGGAGGUGAAAAAAGGGGUGGCAGCCACCAGAGACAAGCUACAGGAGCUCCUCAGUGGCAAACAGGUAAACAUCCCCCUGACUGAGGCUAAAAUGGGCGUGUUACCACCAAAACCAGAACCAGAACCAAAGAGCAGGGAGGACUUCUUGAAACAUUCAAGAGAACUCACACUGGACCCGAAUACGGCCCACAAACGUCUGGUUCUAGCUGAGGAGAACAGAAGUGCAUCAGGAACGAACAAUGAUGAGUCUUAUCCUGAUCAUCCAGACAGAUUUACUUUCUGGCCUCAGGUUCUGAGCACAGACAGUCUGACCGGACGCUGUUACUGGGAGGUGGAGUGGAAUGAAGGAGAGCUUUGUGUUGCAGUCGCGUACAAGAACAUCAGCAGAGGAGACUCAACAGAAUCUGCGUUUGGGUUCAAUGACAAGUCGUGGUCUCUACACUGUCACUACUGCGGCAGGUACACUUUUUCUCACAACAAUAUUCAAACCCGUCUGUCGGGUCCCGAUUCCUUAAGGGUGGGGGUGUACCUGGACCAUGGAGCAGGCGUCCUGGCCUUCUACAGCGUCUCUGAAACCAUGACUCUGAUCCACAGAGUCCAGACCACCUUCACUCAGCCGCUGCACGCCGGACUCCUGUUUUGUGAAAACAGCCACCUGUACUGCCUCCCUACUGCAACCUUCAUCAAACUGAAAUAGACUAGGACUUGAUCAAAUAUGUCUUAGUUUUAUUUUUUGCUCAGAACUCAUGUUUGUAUCAUUUCUUGACUGCAUAGAUACCAGAUACCUUUUGGGGACAUUUGGACUUGUUCUAUUGACGUCUGUUUUCCUUGUGUUUGAUCAAUAAUGGAGGCUGUGAAUCUUUCUGAGCACUUUAAAUCAUCUUCAACAGCUACAUUUACUUUGAAAAGUUUGUCUGAACAAACAGGACCCAUGCACAGAAAGCUGGGAUCAUUCAGAACACAACAACAUUUGAUUGUCCAGAUGUUACUCCAGGAAAAGUUACCAGUUUGGUUGAAAGGCUUGAAUUCCUUGCAGCAAACCACUACCAGGACAAUAGAAUCACAUCUUCUGCAAAAGUGAUGAUACAAUUCCAGUGCCACAAAAAGGAACUCCAUGUUCUUUGGCCAGCUGCUUGAGAUGAUGAGUAAAGAAAGGACAGCUCUUUCAAGAGUUUAGCCCCCUCGUCAAAGGAGGCAAGUCUUCUGAUAAUACUAAUCCUGUUUCUCUUUAUUAUUAUUGUUUAUUUCAUGUUCCGCAUGUUUUUUGGACCCUAAAUCUCAAACACAUGUUCAGAAAUGUCUGCAAUAUCAGUAUAAGACGGUUCAUUAAAAGGUGCUUGUACUUUGGUUUUUGCUAAUUUUAUGGUUUUUAAGAUAUUAUGCAAUUUAUGCUAAUUUUAGCCCUAUUCUAAGUCUUAAGAAAUGUAUCAAAUCUUUACAAAAAUUCUGUGCAAUAUUGGUUUCAAAACUUUCAGCACGUUCCAGAAAUUAAUGCUUGUACUUUUAAUAUUUGAACAUUUCACGUUUUUUAAAGAUUUUACACAAUUUAUGCAAAUUUAUAAGCCUCAUUUAAAAAUCAAACAGGAUUUUUUUUCAAACCUUGAAAAACUUUAUGCAGUUAUGACACUUGUGCAAUAUUGGUAUCAAAACGUUCAGCACACUCCGAACAUUUAUGCUUGUACUUUUUGGUUUCGUACAUUUUAUGGUUUUUAAGAUUUUAUACAAUGUACUUACAAGCCUUAUUUAAAAAUGGAUGGAUUUUUUUCAAAUCCUUUACAUCUUUAUGCAUUUUUGACACUUAUGGAUUAUUGGUAUCAAAUCGUUCAGCAUGUUCAGGAGAAGGGUGCUUGUACUUUUGCAAAUUUUAUGGUUUUUGAGAUAUUAUGCAAAUUUUAGCUGUAUUCUAAGUCUAUGGGAAAUAUUUCAAAUCCUUACAAGAUUUUGUGAACUUUUGAAAGUUAUGCAAUUAUGAUAUCAAAAGGUUCAGCACAUUGAAGAGAUUCAUGCUAAUACUUUUCAUAUUUGUACAUUUUACGGUUUUUAAUAUUUCAUGCAAUUAAUGCAAAUUUUCUCUUCUCAUUGAAAAUGAAUAGGAAGUUUUUCAAACCCUUUAAAAACCUUAUGCAACCAUGCAAUAUUGGUAUCAACACGUUCAGCAUGUUCAGGACAUUUAAUGCUUGAACACUUAGCAUUUGACAUUUUUGCAAUAUUUAAGAUUUUAUGCAAUUUUUGCUAAUUAUUCAAAAAAAUGCUGUGCACUUUCAGCAAAUUAUGCGAAUUUGGUAUUAAAACCUUCAGCAAAUUCAGCAAAUUAAGAAAAAUUGCUUCUGCAUUUGUAGCAGCUUUAGCAUGUUCAGUGACCACAUUCAUCAAAAACACAUUCACACUAGCAUUAUUGCUGGUAAUGCAACUUUUUUAGUUUUUUAAUUGCUAAUUCGAUCAACGUAAUUCCAGCAGAAUCAGCUGGAAUUACGUUGAUCUUGUUGACGGUUUAAAAUUUAAAAUAUGCUAAAGAUUUUGUGUUUAGGCGUCACCGGCGGCGUCUUAGGUGUCUUAGGUUUUUGUGCAAUUGUGUCUUUAUUUUAAUAAAAGGUGUUGAAUAAAGUUAUUUUAAUGCUU